AUGCUUGUCACAUCAAGCCCCAUGCCACACAAGUUGGCAAACGGAGUUGUUCAGCCCCAUAAUCCUCCAUUGUCAAAUGGAGUUGACCCAAUCGCCCUGGCAGCUCGCUUGCGACCGCUGUACACCAAGUUCUUCAAGGACCUUGAUCUAAAGCCAGCGUUCGAGCGUUUCGAAAGUGAAAAGCUUAUGGACGCGGUGCUGGAGCAUGCCAAAGAGACUGGAGUUCCUCACGACACUAAUUCCUAUUCCUAUCAAAGUCUCAUGGUUGGAUAUACAUAUGCCGAUGCUUGCCUCCCCCAUCAUGACUUGGAAGUCAAAGUUUUUGUUGCCGUCUAUACCUGGUUGGCAACGCUAUGUGAUAAUGCGGAGCAACUGAACAUGGUUCCCGAGGUCGAGAUGUUCCAGCAACGCUAUCUUAGCGGAGAAGAGCAACCCACGACUCUCUUGAGAGCUUUUGCCCGCCAACUCCGAUUGGCUUACAAGCUGUAUCAACCACUUGUCGCCAAUCUCAUAGUUAACUCCUCUUUUAACCUGCUUACCUCCACAGCCCUUGUGGCUCGCGAGGGUAUUAAAGAAAAGAGGUUCUACCCUUCGAAGGGCGGUAACUACUUUCCCUGGUACAUCCGGGAACGUGAUGGGGUUGGUGAAGCCUAUGCGUGGUUUACCUUCUCCAAGAGGCAAUUCCCCAACCUGGACAUCCCCAUCGAGGCUAUUGAAGAUAUGACACGAUUCAUUGCCUUUGCCAAUGAUGUUUUAUCCUUUUACAAAGAGACACUAGGAGGUGAGACAAGCAACUAUAUCAACACCACGGCUGCAUAUGAAGGGACCGAUUCGAUUACUGCGCUCCAACAGACUGCACAUGACGCUAUUAGCUGUGCCCGUCGGAUUGAAAGCGUUCUCGCAGGGAAGGGCGAGUAUGAGAGAGCAUGGCGGCUUCACGCAGCUGGAUACAUCCAGAUGCAUGUCAUGAGAGGACGCUACAGACUUUGGGAAUUGGGUGUUGGAAUCAGGCCAGAUGUAAAGGAAGUUCUGAAGAAGGAGUGA